UUCCAGUAUUUAAUUGUCCAAACUCCAAACAAAACACAGGAAGAGUAGAGUUUGGAGACCCAAGACAUAACAGAGAGAUCUGGGAACUGGGUCUGCUUCACCAUGGCGUCAAAGCUGUUGUUGAUCACUAUCAUCAUCUGUAAUGUCAUAGCUUUUGGGCUCGCUGUUGCAGCCGAGCAGAGGAGAAGCUCUGCGAAGAUCGUGCAAGAUAAUGAAAAGAACUACAACUAUUGUGUCUAUGACUCAGACAUUGCAACUGGCUACGGUGUUGGUGCAUUUUUGUUCCUCUUGCUAUCUCAGGUCAUUGUAAUGUUGGUAAGCCGAUGCUUUUGUUGUGGAAAGCCAUUGAGCCCUGGAGGAGCAAGAGCCUGGGCAGUGGUCCUUUUCAUUACCUGCUGGAUCUUUUUCUUCAUUGCUGAGGUGUGCUUGCUGGCUGGUUCGGUGAGUAACGCCUACCACACCAAAUACAGGACGAUUUUCGGUGAAGACCCUCCGGAUUGCCAGACCUUGAGAAAGGGAGUGUUUGGGGCAGGAGCAGCUUUCAUUUUCCUGAACACAAUUGUGUCCUCGUUCUACUACACUAACUAUUCGAGAGCCAGGGCAAGCUUUCAGUCAUACGGAACUGGAGAGGCCACUGUUGGUCUUGGCACAUUUAAAUGAUGAGAUCAUCGUCAUCAUAGAUGCGAUUGAUGAUUGUCGCGAACAUUGUUUUGUAAUGCAUUUGACUGUGUCUGGAUUCCCCCUUGCAUGUUUUGAGUUGCAUAUCUGUGUAGGUUGUGUUAGUCUGUAUUAUAGUUUGUAUUGUUUCACAUUACUGUGAAUUUUUCUCUGAUUGUUUAUAUACAAUAUUAAUAAUAGAAAACCAUUGUUUGUGAUCCUA